AUGGCCGCAUCCCACCACCACCUAUCCGAGCAAUCCUCCGGCGCCUCCGCGUCGCCGCCGCCGCCGACGCACCGGUGGCACCACCACGGCGGCGGCGGCGAUGGCAGUGGAGGAGAAGAGCCCAAGGUCCGCCUCAUGUGCAGCUUCGGCGGACGUAUCCUCCCGCGCCCCCACGACCACCAGCUCCGCUACGUCGGCGGGGAGACCCGCAUCGUCGCCAUCUCCCGCGCUGCCUCCUUCGCUGCCCUCCUCGCCAAGCUCUCCAAGCUCCCUGGCGGUCAACUCCCCGCCGGCGGCGGCGGCGGCGGCGUGCGGGUCAAGUAUCAGCUCCCCCACGAGGACCUCGACGCCCUCAUCUCUGUCUCCUCCGACGAGGACGUGGAGAUCAUGAUGGAGGAGUACGACCGCCUCGCCGCGGCCCACGGCGGCGGCGCCACCGCCCCCCGCCUGCGGCUCUUCCUCUUCCCAGCCGGCGGCUUCGGCUCCCUCCACGACCGCUGGUUCCUAGACGCCCUCAGCAGCGGCCCCGUGGCGGCGGCGGUGGCGGCGCCGCCGCUCGAGCGCGCCCAGUCGGAGGCCUCCUCCGUUAUCUCGGAGCUGCCGGACUAUCUCUUCGGCCUCGACGGCGGCGGCGGCGGCGGCGCCGCCGCCGCCGAGCGGGAGGGGAAGCUGCUGCCGGAGGAGGAGACGCCGCCGCCCAUGCAGGUCCCGGUUUAUUUUGUGCCGGCCCAGCCGCCCGGUCCGGUUCCCCUGUCCCUCCACAUGUCAUAUGGGCCGGUUCACAUGGGUCAAGCCGGUCCGAUCCAAACCGGUCCGGUUUACAUCAGCCGGUUCUCGAUGAGCCAGCCCGGUCCGUCCGGGCCGUACGGUCUGCCAGUCCACGGCGCCACUCCCCAAGGGUACGGCCUACCGUCUUCAACGGUCAGCGAUGGGGUAUACCGUGGAUCCAUGAGGUCCAUCAAUCGGACGGUUGGAAUGGGUUUCCAGGGGGGAUCAGCGGGAAGCAUUAGUUGGACGGCGGAUCCAUAA